UGUUACUUAGUUACAUUUAACCACUGGGAUUUGAUACACUCUAAAUGAGGAAUAACAUUGAAGUAAUAAUAUAACAGAUUCAAUUAUGUUGUUCACGGUUACAGAUUAUGAUUAGGUAAGUGGGACUUGUUUGCACACAAGGACAACUUUUGCCCAGAUACGACCUGUUGACUGAACCCUCUCCAGCAACUCUCUUUCAUUUGCCAUGUUGUCUCCCUCAUACUGCAGGACAGACAACAACAGACAUGUGCUUCACAUUUUCAUUUAUGUGUCUGUCAGGAAUCAAGAAAGGCUCAUUGUUUACAUAGAGUAUAGAAAUAUUGAAUUAAGAGUUGAAUAGAAGCCCAUGAGUAUAAGUUAUUAAGGGGAAAGUAGUGAUAAAGGUAAAGGUGGUGGUGCUCAAGCUUCCUAUUUUUGUAUUUUAAUUUCCUAACUGUCAACUGUUAAAGCUUAAAUUUUAAUUUGGGUGAUGUCUUAUUUGUUGUUGUGCACACCUAAGGACCAAAGUGUUCCCACUCCCGAUCUGCAGGCGUGCAGACUCUUGACACUGGAUACAGGCUGGCAGCAAAAACUUAUAUUUAGACCAAGACAUUUACUUCAUGCGACUGCAUUUUAUCUCUACAUUUCUGAUUAGUCACCGACUGCAAUUUAUUAACCCAGAUCAACCGGCUUUAUAGUGCAUACCAAAGACAUGGGUAUAAAGAGUGUGAACGGAUGACAAAUUAACCUCCCAACAUGUUGCAAAUGCUCCAGAUGAAACACUGGAAGGCUCGUUUUCUAUUUCAAGAUUAGGCUGAGCAUGAAGACCAGACUCAGACCCACUCGCUUAGAAUGGGAUCGACCGGGCAGCGCUGAGUUGUGGUGAGAGGCUGGAGAGAAUUCAUCAAGAUAUUACAAUAAUGGAUAGUGUGACGGAGGAUUUUGCACGGUCAGAUGUUGACACUGAGAUGACGGCGUUGACGCCUGAAGAUAUUUCUGAGGAAACCCUCGACGCCAGCGAUGAAGUGGAGAACCUUCGGAAAAGUUUACGUGAGGUUGUGCACGAUGACAACGUGCAACCUAAGAUGCAGUGCCUGAUGAUGGACUCCUCAUUCACCAUGGUAACCAUGCAAGGAGAGGACAGCGGGAUCGCAUGGGAGACGACCCCUAGUCGCUGUAGCACACCAUGGGCCUCCGAAGCUGGAUCGUCAACUCUGGAUCUCAGCUCUACGGUUGUAGUACGGCAUGCACAGCCUGGGUCUGUUCCAGCAGGGAAGAUAAUCUUUGUCAUGGAUGAGGAGCUGAUUUCCAGACGGAAGAAAACUAAAGAGAGGGCAAGCGGGCAGAGGAAACAACGAGAAGUCUUGGCAGAAAGCUCUGAGAACAUCUCCGGAAGGCCAGAAUUAGUGGGAGUGUCCGAGCCAAACCUGAAAACCAAAAGAGAAGGACCUGAAGAAGAAUCUGCCGAGCCACAGGAAGAUAAAGAACAAUGGCUAUUCAGCUUAGUGUCUGAAGGAUCUGAAAUCCUUAACAUUGUUGUUCCACCUAAACAUGAUACUGUGGAUGAAGCGGAGAGCAAAGAAAUGGUGGACAACUUGUCUUAUCUGGAGGAUAGCCCUGCUCCUAAAGCAAGCAAGGAGACCAAUGAUAAUGAAAUAAUGUUCUUAACAGACACUCCUACAGUGUCAGUUGAACAGACGCAGCAUUCAUUUCCCAUAGGUCCACAUGGAAUGGAUCCACCAGGGGCUCCAGUAGCCAGACCUCCAGGCAGAGGAGCUUCAGGACAUGUGGACUACUUUGAGGCGUUCCACCUGAUUGAUGCCCAGGCUCCAGGAAGUCCUGCUGUGGUGGCAGAGAGACAAGUGGAGACAGAGGUCGAGGGUACCGCCGACAGCCAGGAUCCUGCAAAACAAGCGCAGUCUGAAAACACCACAGCAAAUCCUGUGAACCUCGACAGGUCAGACACAGUCAGUCUAGAGGAAAUUAACAUCGAGCUUCUAGAUGAGGUCUUCUACGGUGGUACAGAUGAGUAUCUCAAUAAAGAGAGAGCGGUCAGAGGUGGAGAUGCCAAAGGUAAGCCCUUGAGGCUCCCGUCAAAACCAAGUGGUUCAUCUUUAUUUGGAAGCCAAGAAGAUAUGCUGACACCGAUCUUUCUACCUGAAGGACCACCCAAAAUUAUUGACCCCAUUUUGUUAGAGGAGCCUCAAGCCAUGGCCUUCCUGUAUACCGACCUGUAUGAGGAAGCAAUCGGCAGUCGACAGAAAGAAGAGGACACAGAAAGUAUGACCUCGGAGAAGUCCUUCCACAGUAGGCAUUCAGACAGGGAGGCCAGGGGAUAUUUGGAGAAAUAUGCCCUGGUAGAUGAGACUCCUGUGGUGGAGAUGGUUGCAACCGAUAAAGAAAAAGGCCCAGAAGAAGGUUUUCGGACAUUGUGUCAAGAGUUGUAUGAUUUUGAUUGUCUGUCCAAGCCUGAAAAAGGUGAGGUGCCAAACUCAGAGGAAGAAAUAACCGACUUCUUCAGGUCUAGUGCCAAUUCUUCUCCGUGUGAUAUGGAGCCCCUCUCUCGAUCAGUAGAGGAGGACGACACGCAACCAGCACAAAAGACUAGAGCUAAGACCAAGAAAAAUGUCACCAUAUCAGUAGGAGAAGUCACUGAAAUCCCAGUAGACCCACUUAGCAUCUCCAGCUUUGAGUUUCCUGCGGAGGAACCAGACUGGGGAACUACAGAUGAUCAUCCAACCACCCUGGACGAGAAAGAUAUCUGCGGCAAUUCAGAUCAGCAACUGUGGAAACAAGAUUUGGAAGUGCAAAAACCAGUUGCCCCUCCCAGGAAAAAGGCAGCAACCUCUCCUAAGGCAAGUCUGGACCUGACACCUCUGACUCCAGUUGAUGCCAUUAUACAGGAAAAAGAAGAGGCUGGUGGAAAGGAGCAGAGGGAGGAAGAGAAAGAGACCGCAUCACCUGAGGAGACUGCUGACGAAGGAGACGGAGAUGGAGAAGAGACCAUAAUGUCCUCUUUGGAAGUCUCUAUGUCUGAAUAUGCACUGGCUGCAGAGGAAACUGAAAUUGUGAAAGAAAGCAAUGAAAUAACAAACACAAAACCAGCGGCAGCCGAGGAGGAAGACACCAAAAUAGUAGAAGAGGAACAAAGGGAAACCGCUACCAAACAAACUGAAUCAGAAGAAAUAAAUAUGAAAUCACCGGAUUCGGCUAUAACAGAAGUUAAUCCUGAAAAACAAGGAGAUAGUUCAGCUGCUUUAUCAACGGAGCCAGCUAAAGACAAGGGACAUUGUAUAAUACUUUAGAGAAGCAACAGUAUUUUUCAAUGAUAUUAAUGUCAAGUGCCUUGCCCUGCAUUGAACUGAGUCUUAAAACUUCCAAUAUGAUGGGUGUGAGAUAUAGAUUUAAAUGUUUCAGUCUAGUUUUUAUAAUUUGCACCCUGCAGUUCAUUUAACGCAUUAAUUCAAUUGUUAUUACCACUUAUUUCGAGAUUAAUAGAAUAGUUGAUCAACAUGAAAGACAAUCAGCAACUAUUUAAAAAAAUCUAACAAUUGUUAAAUGGAUUUUUUCAAAGAAGAAUAGUGAAAAAGUGUCAAAUAUUUGCAUUUCAGCAAGUGAAGGUUGGCUUUUUUUCAGCCAUUUAUCAUUGUAAACUGAAUAUUUUUUAUGUCACCCUCAGCUAAGGGACAUUUUUAACCGUUUUUUUAUAUUCCAUAAAUUAUAUUAUUGAUUACAAAGUUUGCAGAUGUAUCGAAAAUGAAAAUAGUUGUUAGUUGCAGACCUAUAUUGAUCGAUUAUAUUCAUCAGUCUGUUCGGUGUUGCAGGGUGGUAAUAAUGCAUGAACCGUGGAGUGUUUGAAGGGAGAGAUAUGGGUUAUGAGUGUGAAUAAACAGGGGUAGAGUGCAUGUGUUUGCGUGAGGUUAGGGUGGAUCUUCAGCUAUAAAUAAGCCUCUCCCGAUGUUAACCUGACACCUCGUCUCAACCAGGAGUCUGUGAGCUGUGUAUCUACUUGUAAACAGUCAUAAAGGUGUGGAAUACAUGCAGACGUGCCUAUAGUCACACUAGCACUUUUUUACCCCUGACACAUUGUUUAAUCCUUAAUGUCUCCAAAGGCUGCCAUGGCUGUAAUGUAUGCUAAAUUAAAACCAUUAUUAUAAACCUUUGUGUACCUGUUUCCACAUUAUCAAAAAAAACAAAACAGCUCAUGAUCUGCAAGUGGGAUGUUUUCCAUCUAAUCAAGAGGUGUGGAGUUAAAGAUCUUUGUCAGACAUUUUCACACGUUACUUUUAUUCUUACCCUAUAUUUGAAAGAUCCAUAAGCUAUUUUUUUAUUCAAAAGUUGAAUUGCUGGGCACAAGAUGUAUCUACUACAAAGCCAUAGUUUAAAGGAAAGUAUUCUCAAUUUCUGAUUUAGGGUGGGCCCAGACAGUUUUUUCUACAAGAAAAGAAGAAUCUUCUAGAAGAAUGUAGGAAGGCCUUGUGGUGGCAAACACUGAUACUGAACACUGCACUGCUUAUCCAACACAUGUGGUCAUUAAAGCGGAUCCAUGUCAGGCAGUAUUUUCAGAUACCGUUGCUUCCAGGCCUGAAUCCAAAAGUUCCCAUCUGGAGCUCAGCAGUGGCCCUGCUGACCUUGAAGAGGAGACUGGAAACACACCCUCACGGAUAUUGACACACACACACAAACUUAGUGUGAAUGUCCCUGAAGUAACAAUGUGCAUCACAGUGGUACUUUGCAUUAGCAGAGUAAUGUAAGCUUCAGUAACCAGCCUUAAUGUUUUAAGGCUUCAGUAACCAGUGAUCAUCUUACAAGAUUCAUAUUGUCUUCAUAUUAAUUGGGCUUUGGCGACACCCAGUGUUUCAAAUAUGAAUGUCCAUAUUUUCUAACCUUUCAUAAUCCACAUCAAAAGGUUGCAACUACGCUCCAAAUCAAGUUUAAGGCCAAAGCAAUAUAGUGGAUGUGCCGAUUUCCUUAUUUGCUAAUAAAUGUGUAUAUUCCAAUCUGUUUCCCAGCUUAAUUAUGUAGUGGUAAAAAUGGAACCGUACAUUUA